CUUCACUAUCUCCCCUCCCCCCCCCAGCACCUAACACCGUGAUGAACAUGCAGUAGUAGGGUUGGCGGAAUCCUACAUGGAAAAGAGGACAUUGAGCAGAGAGUACUUGAGAAAUCAGGCAUUCAGUUAAGCAAAAAAAGCAGGAUAAAGUAAACAUGUCAGUCCCCCAAGAAGAUGUGUGUAAUCACAUGAAAGUGGUUGUUCGUGUGCGUCCUGAAAAUCAGAAAGAAAAAGCUGUUGGCUUUUAUAAGGUGGUCCAUGUUGUGGAUGAGCACUUAUUGAUCUUCGAUCCAAAAGAAGAAGAAGACACUUUCUUUCAGGGGAAGAAAACUAUGAAUCGGGAUAUUACAAAAAGAAAAAGAAAGGACCUUAAGUUUGUCUUUGAUGCUGUUUUUGAUGAAAGUUCGACUCAGUCUCAAGUUUUUGAACAUACCACCAAGCCUGUGCUUAAUGGUUUUUUAAAUGGGUAUAAUUGCACAGUGCUUGCAUAUGGUGCAACUGGAGCUGGGAAGACACAUACAAUGCUAGGAUCACCUGAAGAGCCUGGAGUGAUGUAUCUGACAAUGUUAGGCCUUUAUAAAUCCAUGGAUCAGAUUAAAGAUGAGAAAGUAUGUAGCAUUACAGUUUCUUACUUAGAGGUAUACAAUGAACAGAUUCGUGAUCUUCUAACAAAUUCAGGGCCACUGGCUGUCCGUGAAGAUGCCCAAAGAGGGGUAGUGGUUCAGGGAUUAACAUUACAUGAGCCUAAAACCUCUGAGGAAAUUUUACAGUUGUUGGAUGAUGGAAACAAGAACAGAACCCAACAUCCCACUGAUGUGAAUGCCACCUCCUCUCGUUCCCAUGCUGUUUUCCAGAUUUACUUACGACAACAAGACAAAACAGCAAGUAUAAAUCAAAAUGUCCGUAUUGCCAAAAUGUGUCUCAUUGACCUGGCGGGAUCCGAACGUGCCAGUGCCACAAACGCCAGAGGAAGUCGUUUUAGGGAAGGCGCAAAUAUCAAUCAGUCACUUUUAGCCCUUGGAAAUGUCAUCAAUGCCUUAGCAGAUGGGAAGAGAAAAAAUCAGCAUAUUCCUUACAGAAAUAGCAAGCUAACCCGCUUGUUAAAGGAUUCCCUCGGAGGAAACUGUCAAACUAUCAUGAUAGCUGCUGUUAGUCCUUCUUCUGUGUUCUAUGAUGACACGUACAACACUCUCAAGUACGCCAACCGUGCAAAAGACAUUAAAUCUUCUUUGAAGAGUAACGUUGUUAGUCUGGAUAAUCACAUAACACAAUAUGUCAGGAUUUGUAAUGAGCAAAAGAAAGAGAUUAUUAUGUUAAAAGAAAAACUGAAAGCCUAUGAAGAACAGAAAGUCAUUACUCAUGAAAGUAGUAAAGGAAGCCUCGAGCUUUCCAACCAGGAGGAAACAGAAAUACAAAGGUUUCGAGGAAUUUUAAAUUGUUUGUUCCGGAACCGUGAAGAAAUCAGACGAGAAUAUCUGAAUUUGGAGAUGCUGAUUAAGGAAAAUGAACUAAAAACAUUCUACCAGCAGCAGUACCACAAGCAGAUAGAAAUGAUGUGCUCUGAAGAGAAAGUUGAAAAGGCUACUUGCAAACGGGAUCAUAGGCUUGCAGUGCUUCAAACUCGUCGCUUUCACCUAGGGAAGAAAAGAGAAGAAGAAAUAAAGCGAUUUCAUGAAAAUACGAAUUGGCUUCGUCAGGUUGAGAACGAGAUGUGUCUCCUGAGCAAAAAUGGCCCUGUUUCAAAGGAGCUCAGUAAAGAUAUCCACGACUACCAUUUGAAGCUUGAGAUAAAAGAUUUAAAAACACAAAUCAGACAUGUGAUGAAUCUUGCCUCUCUCCAAGAGCAGCAACAUAAACAGACAGAAAACCUGCUGAACGCUUUGCUCCCAGUCCUAAGAAAGCAGCACGGAGCAUUAAAAGAAGCUGGGCUAGCAAGUUCUCAUUUUGAAUCUGACUUUAAGGAAAUUGAACAUUUAGUGGAGAGAAAGAAAACGGUCGUUUGGGCAGACCAAACUCUGCAAGACCCAAGGCAAGCUGACCUGCCGGAGAUCACAGCUCUAAUGGCCUUUCCAGAGCUAGAACCAAUCCCGUCCAUCCCAAGCUGUACACCUUCAGAUGAAUCCAGUGAAAAUAUGCAGCCAGUAAUUAAUCAACAGAAAACUCCUUCACAAAAAAGAACUCGGAGGAAAUUAAUCCAGUCUCCCUUGAUGACCGAACAUUCCGAAGGACUUAAACUGUCUAGUAAAAGUCGGCUCAAUGAUUCUUUCACACAGGAACUCCAAGCUAUUGUAUAUACACCAGAAAAUUGUAGAAAAUCCAUUCAAAAUCCCAGUUCACAGUCAUCAUAUGGAACCAGUUUUCAGGAAAUCAACAGUUUGAAUACAAACAGUAAUCUCUUUCAUGCUCCCUUUUCGAAAAGUUGUAUACCUCUUGACAGAAGGAUAGAGUGUGUCAAAGAGAAUUUGGAGUCUACAUUUACUGUACACGAAGACAGCGAUGAUACAAAUGGCGUAUUCUCCGAAAGGGAAUUAGAACCAAAUGGAAAUAAUACCAUUUUACCAAGCCUUAGCCUUCCUUCAUUGUUGACUAAGACGUCUGUCCACGUAACAAAUGAAACCCCAUCCUACAUGGCAAUGACUGCUGCUGCCAAGAGGAAACGGAAAUUAACAAGUCCUGCACCCAGCAAUGUGUUAAAGACCACACAAGAUCCUGUAGCUACGAAGCGUAUUCGAAAGGAUCUUUCAGGUCAUGAAUAUUCUAGGAUAAACAGACCAACAAAGGCAUAUAAAAGAAGUCUCCAUGAACUAAAUCCAGGCGUGCAGAGAAAAUUUGGGAGAAGUAUUUCAGAAGGAAACCUAACACUCAGUUCAAAAUCAAAGUCAUCCACUUUUAUCAAGCCUAAUUUUCUAAAAUGUUUUCCUAAGAAGGACUAAAGUAUACCUUUUGUGUAUCCUUCCAGGUACUUUUGAAGAAGAUUUUGAAAAUAGACUUUGUAGGUUUCCUCAAUCCUAUAAAAAUAUUCUAGAAUAGAAGGGAAAAAUUUCCCCUUUCCCUUUCAUGUAUUCUUAAAUAAAUGUAAAUUUCAGCAGC